AUCUGACACCAUCUAAAGCAUUUUGCCUCUCUAACUAAUUAGGUAAAGACCUAAUUAACUUUUCUCAUUCAUAAAUCUUCUCCAAAUACAAAUCUAAUUUAGAUUUGAAUUUUGCAGCAGGAUCUAAUUAUUCUUGGAUACAAACUGAUCAAUCACUAAGAAGACGACGAAUCUAUUUUAAUAAAUUCCAACCGAUAAUGGAUACAUGGUGGUCUGAAAUGGAGACUAGCAAUAUGAAUGAUCACAACUUUGUUAAUCAGAGCCAGACGAUGACACAAUUUAAUGAAUUUCCUUUCAAUUCUAAGCCCUUUUCUACUUUUUCCCCUCCUCCUCCUCCUCCCUCCAAUGUAAUUUCUAAUUACAGCUACUCCAAUUCAAUGUCAACCAAAAAUCAAUUCGAAAAUUUGAACACCUUUAAAGUCGUUAAGCGUGAGGUUCCAUCUGGAACUACAAUAAACUUCUCUUCUUCCGUUAAUUCUAUGGAGGAUUCUGAUUUUGGUGAUAUCGAGGCCGCCAUGGGAUUUGGUGCUGCUAUUACGACUACUACUGAUCAGAAGAAAAGUUACAAUAGAACAAGUGUUCAGGCACAAGAUCACGUUCUAGCUGAAAGAAAGCGAAGAGAACGCUUAACUAAGCGUUUUAUAGCUUUAUCUACCCUCAUUCCAAACCUCAAGAAGUUGGACAAAGCAACAGUACUGGGAGAUGCUAUCCAAUAUAUAAAAGAGCUGGAAGAACAAGUAAAAACCCUUGAGGAAAAAAACAAGAAAUGUAGUGAGGAACCGGUGAUUCCACCAGCAAAGAGACCUCGAUUGGUCUCCAGUUGUGCCGAUUCAUCGUCGUCCGACGAAAUAUCAAGUGUUAGUACAGUCUGCACAGAUCGAUCAUUGCCAGAUAUUGAAGUUAGAGCUUCAGAUGGAAAUAUUUUGAUAAGGAUUUAUUGCAAAAAACAAAAUGGGAUGAUGAAGGAAAUAUUCAAUGAAGUGGAAAAACUUCAUCUUUCUAUCAUUAGUUGCAGUGUUAUGCCUUUUGGCUACAACACUUCCCACGUGACCAUUAUUGCUCAGAUGGAUCAUAAAUUAACAAGCAAUACACCAAAUCAUGUUGCAAAUAGAAUCCGAGCGGCGAUGGUGAAAGAAGAAGCCAACUCCUUUACAGCAUAGCGAUGAAGAUUAUAUAAUUAGAAGUUAAUUAAGGUCUUUAAUUUGUUUAGAAUAUAAUUAAGUGUAAGUUGUGCAGAUCUGUUUUUGCGGAUCGGAUGAACAUCACCUGGAGGUGGGGUCAUAAUGACUUGGUUUAGGGUUAAUGGUUUCCAUAAUUGGAUGCUUUAAUUUGCUUUUUUGUGGGUUAAAAAAUUGAACCCCGUUUUGCAAUUAGCUCACGUGCUAAAAAUUGAGACUUGGCUCUUGUCUUUUUGACAAGUUAUGGAA